UGGCGUUUGAGAACAAUGAACUCACCCCGUGACAAGGAUCUGGCACCCUUAUCUCGGAAACAUCGGCUCAUAGCUGCAGCUUUGCCCGGUGAGGACAGCUCACUGGCCGGUAACGCGUCCAGGAUGGAUCGUAACGGAUUACUGGUUCACUGUUUCAUAUGUGGAAGCGGCGUUACACCGGGGAAGGAGUUGAGGUUACAAGUGGCAUAUCAAAAAGAGAGAGUUCCUAUUUUCCCGUUUCUACAGAACCAGGAGCCUGCUCCGGGUGCGUCUGAAGUCAGCCCGGAUGGACAUGCGCUGGUGUGCGCCGUGUGCCACUGUUUUCUGACGGAGCAGUGGAACUCCUUCGAGCGGAGCAGGACGCCCAUCGAGAAGCGCAUGUACUGGCUGAAACGGCCGUACCAGUGCGACUCUCGUCGGGUACCGCAGGAGUGGAACAUCUCAUACGAUCUGGAGAGGAGAAUCAGUGCCGGCGGUCAAAAUUACGACGGAGGCGCAGACUCUGAUUUCUCGUCUUUUUCCGACAAUGAGAACCUGUCAGAUCAGGACAUGGAUUUAAUCGGACUUGGCAAAGAGAAAUGCCUGCGAACAUGUGGUAAAACGCCAAGAGAGAACAGCAGAAAAAACAAUGUGAUGAGCGUUAAAAGCAGUCCAGAUUCCCAGCGCGCAAUGCGCUACCCGCUGAGCGUUUACGGGGCUCACGGAUCGCCAAAAGCGGAGUGCGCUCUGCCGGUGCGCCGCGGCGCUAAAAUGAUCAACAGUGUUUAUCAAUCAUCAGAAUCCACAAGCAAGUGUCAGGACAGACUCCCUCAGCGUUGCUAUGACAGCUCUCUGAAUGACACACCUGCGCAAGACAACGGGGUCAUUAUGCGCAACAGGCGGUGGAUGGAAGAGGAGGAGGAGGAGAAGGAAGGGAAUGUCAGAAACACGGAGGUGCGUCAGAUCCAGCGUGCUGCUGCUGACAGCAGCAGCUGUAUUUCGGCUAGACAUCCAUCGCUGCUGUCCCGAGGAAAAGGUGAGCGUCACCCCAACUCACUGACAUCCAGCUCCGCUGUCAAACCCAACGCAGCAGAUCCCAGAGACAAACAGAACGGUGACACCUCCGAGGAUGAGAUUAACAUCACAAGCGAUGAUGAAAGUGACAGCAAAGUGGAGCCGACCCCCCAGCAGCACCACCACAGGGUGGCUUCCAGCCCGGAGGGGUGUGUCUGCUACAUCUGUGGCACAGGGCUGAGACAUGAUGCGCGUUUUAAAGUCAGCGUGCAGAAACAAGAGAGUGCACAGAGUGAGCCCUUCUUCCCCUUUCUGUGGAUGCACGCGCCUCCCCAGGGUGCAGCACCCAUCAAUCCAGCAGGCACAACCCUGGUGUGUUGCAGCUGCCACUCCUCCCUUAUGCAGCAGUGGCAGAGCUUCCAGCAGGCGGAUGUGCCUGUCCUCCAGCGCCUCUAUGUUGUCCCCCUCAACCAAUCCACCAGUGCACCCUAUGCUGCCCACUUCAUAGACCAACAUGGGAAGCCCUCAGAUUCAAUGGAAUCCUUACCUGAACACAGGGCUCCGAGUGAGGCCUGCUUCCUCUGUGGGCAGGAGGGUGGCGGCGCUAUGAGAGUAGCGUAUGCACAGGCUAGUGUUGGCAAAUCCCGUGGCGUGAUGUACUUUCCUUUCAUCAACUUGUUGCCUUGCCCACCGAAUGCCCAGGUGUUGAGGAAUGGUCGUGUGAACUGCUGCCAGCCUUGCCAUGUUAUCCUGGAGGACAUCUGGGGGGCAUAUCGCCUCAGCCUCUGUGAAGACCUCAUUACCUCCGUCAGCUCCUUCCUGGCGAGGUACCACGCUGCUAUGGCUGUCGAUGUGCCCGGAGCAGCCCACUCUCAGACUGCCAUGGCAACUCACCGCAGCAGUUCCGUGUGUUACUUAUGUGGAGCCAAAUUAUGCGCAGGAGAGUACCAGCUGCAUGUUAACCCACCUGGGCGCUGUGGGGAAAGAGAACCCUUCUUCCCAUUCCUUACCGUUCAUCCUUCUGCUCCUCACGCCAAGCCGGUCGAUUCUACCGGUCUGGUGUCGGCGUGCAGCCUCUGCUACCACGACCUGCACACUCAGUGGGCCCAACAUGAGAAUAAGGGCCUGCGAUCCUCCAGCCCGGCUACCUCAUCCUGUGCCAACCCCCAGCCUCCCAGCUCCCCUUGGGCUCGCCAGUAUAGCUGUGAGGUUUUUGUGUGUUUUUUCUGCAGGCAGGAGCAGCGCAGGCACGGUAGGUUGUGUGCCGUUAUUGUGGCCAGGCUGCCUGUUUUCCUGUACGCACCGCGCAGCACACGCACGCUCGUAGUGGAUGAUGGGAGGAGACUGGUGAUUGGCUCCUGUGUGGAAUGUAAGGCCAUGGUACAGGUGGGGCAGAGGAUGCAGCAGGACAGAGACCGAGGCCGGAGUGGACACGGAAUGUCAGAUGGAGCACCAGAAUCGCACAACUCGCCACGGUCUCACCACAAGGCUUCUACAGUAAAGGAGGAUGCGGCUGGAGCCAGCAGAGAGGCAGAUUCUGGAUCUCAUCUGAUAACCAGCAGCACUUCGGGACUCUCUAAACCUGUAGCUGAUCACACGUCAUCUCACCCAAGAACUUUGAAACAAGAACGAGCUGACCAAGCUGACCAUCGUCUUUCUAGCAUGAGCCAUGAGUCAAAGUCACCAUCGUUGGGAAUGAUCUCCACGGUGACACGGACCACUGCGACAGUCAGCCCCCUCAACCCGUCGCCUAUAAACAGCUCUAUAGUAGCCAAUGGAAGCCCAGCAUCCCAAUCAGCUCAUUCUGGAUUCGCUGCAGCCCUCCGUAAACUGGCAAAACAGGCUGAAGAGCCUCGAGCUGCCUCCUCCAUCAGCAGUGAGUCCUCUCCUGUCUCCUCCCCUGCCACCAAUCACAGCUCCCCAGUUAGUACGCCGAAGAGAGGUCCUCUCGGCUCAGGGCCUGUCCUGGUUCCCCCAGCGGGCCACAGUGUGCCAAACACUCCACCUGUAGUCACCAUUGCCCCGACCAAGACCAGCAACGGCCUCUGGAGGAACGAGGGACGGCAGUCUGACUCAGGACCUCGUGGAGCCAGCAGGGAGCGUCUGGGUACAGAGGGGACCCUUCCCCAGGAGAAGGGAGCCCCCUCUGUCCCUGCACACCUCCUGGGAAACCCCUAUGCCUUUGGUCUUACCCCCGGUGCUGUAAUGCAGGAUUCUCGUUUCCAGCCCCUCAAUCUUCCCAGACAGUUGCCUAAUGCAGUGCCACCUGGUCCCGUACCAGAAGAAUACCUACGUGGUUUCCGGCCCUAUGCCACCACAGAGGAUGCCCUCCGCAUGCCCUCCUUGGCUUUGGGGUUAGACCCUGCAGCUGCAGCUGCUGCAGCUGCAUACUACCAUCCCAGCUACCUACCCCACCCCUCCUUCACUCCAUACAGGAUGGAUGAUCCAUUCUGCCUCUCAGCUUUGAGGACACCAUUCUAUCCCCUGCCAGCAGGGGGAGCUUUACCCCCAAUCCAUCCUUCUGCAGUUCACAUGCACCUACCAGGGGUGCGUUACCCUGGAGACUUCACCCAUCCUUCGCUGUCGGCACUGCAGUCUGAGAGGCUUUCUGAAAGGCUUCAGCUGGAAGAUGAGCUGCGGCAGCGAGAGAGGGAGCGUGAACGAGAAAGGGAGCGUGAAAAAGAGCGGGAACGUGAGGCAGAGAGAGAAAAAGAGCGGGAGAGAGAACGAGAGAGGGAAAGGCAGCGGGAAAAGGAGAAGGAGCUGGAGAGGGAGAGGGAAAGGGAGCGGGAAAGGGAACGUGAAAGAGAACGGGAAAAGGAGCGAGAAAGAGAAAAAGAGCUGGAGAGGCAAAAGGAGAGGGCACUGAGAGAGAAGGAGUUGCAGGUAUCCAAGGUGAUGGAAAGCCACUUCUUGGCUGAGCUCCAUGCCAUGAGAGGACAAGAGGAUCGAACCAAGCCUGAACGACUCACCCCCAAUCGGGCUGAUAAAACCAAAGAGCCUGCCCUUCCUGCCCCCAAACCUGUCCCACCGGGUCUACACUCAUCAGUGGUCCAGUCUCAUCACGCUGUUCCUGGUCUAAUCGCUAGCCACGGCCUCUACAUGGGGCCCAGCACUGUGGCAACGGGGCUUGUAUCCACAAUGAUUCCUCAGAGGACUAAUGAGGAGGAGAGGUGGCUGGCACGGCAACGCAAGCUGCGGCAGGAGAAAGAGGAUCGUCAGUACCAGGUGUCUGAAUUCCGCCAGCAGGUUCUAGAGCAGCACCUGGAUAUGGGCCGAACAGCUGAUGCACCAGAUCACAGGACAGAUGCUCACAGAGCCAUAGCAAAUCACCAUGAACAAGGAAAUCGGGACCUCCACCCUCACUUGGGCGCCCCUCCACCCCUCAUUUCUCCCAAACCUCCCCAGCCACCACGGGAUCACCAUCCUCCUCCCCCCACCACCCUGUGGAACCCUGUCUCUCUGAUUGAAACCACCACAGACUCCAAACGGAACCAUGAGCCUUCAGGGGUGGGGCACUAUGAGCUCAGUCGGCUGCCUCCGGGGCCCUCUAAAUAUGAGGAAGGGGGCCGGAGGAGAGAAGACGGAGUAAUAGAAAAAUGUCCACCACUUCGAGGCCCUUUGCCAGAGCCCAGCACGUUCCUGGCUGAUUUGGAGAAAUCCACACAGACAUUCUUCAGCCAGCAGAGGCCAUCACUGUCUCUGUCGAGCCAGUAUGAUCUGGAGGGAGCUGUGAAAAGUAACGUCGGACUGAAGAGCCACCAGGGGCAAGGUAGACAUGGUCAAGGACUAGGGAUGGUCACUGGGCCCGUGAUGGGACCAGCGGCCACACUAGGAAUAACUUCAGAAGGAAAAUUGAUCUAUGACGAGUUCCUUCAGCAGCACAGACGUCCUGUCAGUAAACUGGACUUAGAGGAGAAAAAGAGAAAGGAGGCCAGGGAGAAAGGUUAUUACUAUGAGCUGGAUGACUCGUACGACGAGAGCGACGAGGAGGAGGUGAGAGCUCAUCUCAGAAGAGUAGCGGAGCAGCCGCCACUCAAACUGGACGACUGCACAGAGAAAUUAGAAUACCUCGGAAUAUUUGGAUUAACUACAGUUGGGCGACGAAAUGAGCUGGUACACCAUAACAGCAGGAAGAGAAGAAGGAUGCUCAGGGAGCGCAGCCCCUCACCACCAGUCUCACUCUCAAAACGUACGCCUCCUCCACCCCAACUGGUCACACGCUUCACUCCUGAGGACAUGGACCGAGUACCAGAACUGGAGGAUAAGAAGCGUUUCCUCACCAUGUUCAGACUCUCCCAUGUCACUGUGCGGCAGCGGAGAGAUAAUGAGCGGGUGGAGGAGCUGCUUCAGGCUAUUAAAGAAAAAAGCGUAACCUUGGAUACAAUCAGACAUAAUCCUCAUCCUCUGUGUAAGAGCCCUCCAGCACACAACUCUGGACUAACACUUACUGAAAUGAUUACAGAUUCUGCAUUUGUCCAGCCCUCUACUGAAUCUGAAGACCACCACAGACUACAUAGCUCCCCCUCACAUUGCCCAGCUUCCCCCAACGACCAUCCUAAAUCCCAUGGGGACACAUUAAGACCAAAGGAACCCCUUUCCCCAGCUGUCCAUCCAGACAAGGCCCGGGGGCCCAGUGAUGGUUUGGUCUGUAAGAGGAGUUCCAGUUUACUGAACAGCUUGCGGCCUCCACUCUCACUGCAGGCUAAGGACGGCCUACACAACGUCAAUGGACGAACCAAACAGUGGGACAGCUUCACUCCUGAAGAAUUUGCCCAGCAGUUCCAUGAAUCUGUACUCCAGUCAACCCAGAAGGCUCUGCAGAAACACAAAGUCAUAACCACGGGGAUGUCGGAGUCCUCCCACAUCCAGGAGUCAUCUGUCCACUACAACAUUCCAGAGUUUCAAAGCAUCCCCAACCGGCUGCCACAUUCACAGUCUCACUCAAAUACCCAUCAUGCAUUUCCCCAUCCACUGUCCCACCCUCAGUCCAAUGGGCAGCACUUCUCCGCAACCCAACAACAGGAGGCCUUGAGGACAAGGGAUGACAUGUCUGGUCCAGAUGACUCAGAGGAGGAAGACGAGUCGGAAGAGGAGACACCUGCCUCCAGGUGGCAGGGCAUUGAAUCUGUAUUUGAAGCUUAUCAGGAAUAUGUUGAUGAGCAAAGUGUAGAGCGGCAGGUGCUGCAGAGCCAGUGUAGAAGGCUAGAAGCUCAGAACUAUAACCUCAGUCUGACUGCUGAGCAGCUGUCUCACAGCAUGGGGGAGCUGAUGUCCCAGAGACAGAAGCUGGCAGUGGAACGGGAGAAGCUGCAGGCAGAGCUGGAGCACUUCAGGAAGUGUCUCACUCUGCCACAGACACACUGGCCUCGAGGUGGUCAUUACAAGGGUUAUCCCCCCAGGUGACCCCAACAUGCUGACCCGAUGGCUGCCAGGACCUGGCUGUCUCCUUUUCCAGACUUACUCCCAGAGGUUUUUUUCCCCCCCCUCCCCCAUAAACUGAUCCACAAGGCUUCACUGAAGAGGACAAGGUCAGCUUGAUAAAGAUGAAUAAACCAAGUGAAUGGACUGAUAAAUGGUCACAGGAGACAGGAUCACACCGUGAAGGACUGCGGCCAGCUAAGGACUGCGCCACAAGCCAUAAAUGUGCCAAUGUAGCCAAUACCAAGAUCAGCAAGGCGAAAAGCAGGAACACCUGAAGAUGAAAACACACACACACCCCUUGUUCCUGCUGGUCUGUUGUUUGGUUCCUGCAUCCCUUAAAGCCACACAGACAGUCCUGCCAAUAGGGGAGCAGCUGGUCCAGAUGGGCUCCAGUCAAAAGACUUGAAAGCUCCAAAUCUCCAAACCAGUGCUUCUGGCCAUUCACACUGACUUCAGCACCGUGGCAACAGGAGCAUUAGAACCGGAAAUGCACUUAAGUAAAGCUGAAGAACUACCUGGUGGUACUAUUACAGCAGCAACCUGUUAGAAUUGGGAAAGAAUUUAGAAAAUGCACAUUUUUUUGGAAAGAUUAAGGAAAUGUUUUAUUUCUAAAUAGAAAAUUUGAAACUAAGAAUUUUAAAAGGUGCUUCAGCCUUAUUGUAUAUAAUAUGAAGACUUAUGAGAAUUUUGUAUGUUUUUAAUACUUUAAUCAUUGUUCUUUUAAAAGAAAAAGCCUGCCAUUUUUAUAUGCGUCUGCUUUUUCCCCCCUUGGAGUGGGAAAGGAAAGCCUUGCUUUUAGUGUUUGUAAUGCUGCUGGCCAGAUCAGCUCAUUUUGAGACAUUUAAUUGAGGAUAAGAGAAACAGGAUGCACACCUGCUCUUACACUCCGGCACACACACGGCCUCCGAGCUCAGCACAGCUUACAGGUCCUCACACCCCACUCCUUACACACCCACACACACCUCCCUUCACAGCAAGCCUUCUUUAGUUAACCAUUUUAGCAACUUCUCUGGUCAGCUUUGGCUCCUCACCCUCAACAUCAAAAUGCUAAACAGUUCAUUUGACAGCUGCAGUGAAUUUUUCUACUUGGUUCCCUUGAGUGUUUUGGAUUGAUGCAAAUCCUGAUGCACGGUUUUACGCCUUAGAUCAAGCUCUUUAGCAGCAGCAGCCAUGAC